UAAAAAAUCAGUACACAAGAACUUUGCAUAGUGAACGGAUAAAAAACUGAAUAAUUGAAUGCAUAUUUAAAAUUUUGAUAAAGAUAAAAUAAUCAUGUUAAAAUAUACAGUUUUAUUGGUAUGCGUUCUACUGUAUCAAACAGGAAAUAUAUUAGCAGGAACUUGUGAACGUGAAGAAGGUUGUUCAAACAACUGUGCUUUAGUUUGUAAAAAUACAACCGAAACUGAAGUACGAGCAUCUGCACGAGGAUAUGACAAACUUAUUGUACAGUAUGGAAGUUUAAAGAGUGUUGGUUCGUUAUUCUUAAGCAAUCCAAAUCUUGUAAAAGUCUUAGAAAUACGUGAAAAUGAAAAUGAUUUGAGAAUACAAGAGUCGCAGCGUCCAUUAACACAGGAAUGUGGUCUUGAAGAGUUAACACUUGAAAAAAAUAGUCUGGAAUUAUUAUUUGAAUCAAAAUUAUUCGAUAAUUUUAAUAAAUUAAAAAAAUUAUCCAUCCAUGAAUGUUACAUUGAAAGAGUAUUUUAUAAUUUAUUCCAAAAUCUUCCAAGUUUAGAAUACUUAUCUUUAAGAUCUAAUGGUAUUAUCGAAAUUGAUAACCAUGCGUUUUACAGGUUAAAGAAUUUAAAAUACGUGGAUUUGAGUGAAAAUUUAAUCAAAUCCUUAUCGUAUGAGAAUUUUAAAGUAACAAAUGGUUUGCAAGAAUUUUAUAUGAAUCAAAAUCCUUUAUAUGACUUUAAUCUUGAGAAAUUUUUACGUGAUAAACCGAAAUUGUGGAUGGCUAAUAUGCAUAGCAUUUACUGUAACACUUUCCGGUAUGCGAUUAUGGAUUCAUAUCAAAAGUUAGGCUAUGAACCUACAUACCUUCGUCACGUUGAAUGUUCAACUCCACACUUUUAUUACAAAUGUAAUGCUAUUAUUAUGAAAGAUUCGAACAAACGAAAUAUUACAAUUGCUGAAAUUCGCGACAAUAAUAAAGAGUAUCAAACGUAUUAUGAAAAUAAUAUAAACGAAAUAUUCUUAUGCUUAGAUGAUUGUUCAACGCAAUUAAUUGGUUCCUUCCGUGAGGGUGAUGAAUAUGCAGAACAAUUAGCUGCGAAUAUUUUACAAUAUCAUAUGGCUCAUUUGCAGAAAAAUUUUAAAGAUUUUUAUUUGCGAUAUGAUUACAUGGAACAUGUUAAUGAGUUGCAAGCAAGUUUAGAAAAGUUACAGUCCGUGAUUAAUGUAACAAGCCUUCAAAUUGAAGGUAAAUUGUAAAAUGUCUUGAAAGUUUUAAUGAAAUUUGUAAUUGUUAAACUUGUUGUUAAUAAAGAAAGUAAUCAAAAAACAUAA